ACAAACGCACAGUUUAUCAACGCUAUGACCUUACUAAUACUUUGUCGGAAAGGAAUGAUUGAACUCUUUACUGAUAUGUUACCGCGGUUCUGGAGUGGAGCCGACGCACCCCGAGGCACGCAAACACGGCCACGUACGAGCAAUGACCCAUGAGUGCCCCAUGGGGCUAGCCGCGGGGAGCUCUGACAGCUACUUAAAAUACUUUCUCUGAUACUUCAUCCCCCACCUGUUAAGGCGCGCAUUUCAAUCUCCUUUUGUUAUUGCAAUGACGCAUGAUCCAGAGGCGUUAGGGGCCACAUCUGACUCACUUCUCCUCCUGCCAGAUGAGUCGGUAGAGCUGGCCUCCAUGGCUAACUGCAAGCCGGAGCUCCGCACGGUAGAGCUGGACCUGCCCCACGACCCCCACACUACCUUCUACCCGACCUGCAUCCGGGUCGAGCAGUGCGGCGGCUGCUGCUUCGGGCCGCUGCUCACCUGCAGGCCAAGCAUCACCAAGGCCUUCGAUGUCAAGGUGCUGAAGACGACGACGAGCUCGAGCGACUCCUCCCGCCGCAGCCGCCCGGGCCGCCGCCACCGCCGCGAGAACACCGUCAGCUACCACACGGUGUCGGUGGUGAAGCACACGGCCUGCGAGUGCGGGUGCAAGGUGCAGGCCAGCGACUGCAACACCACCAUCCACACCUACCAUGAGGGCGAGUGUGCCUGCGUUUGCAAAGACAGAGACGAGAAAAGUAAAUGCGAGGAGCAGAAUAGCACGAAAUACUGGUCAGACGAGACGUGCUCCUGUUACUGCCGCAAACCGCUGUCUUGUGGCUCAGGAGAAUAUUUCUCCCAAGUCUCCUGCAGGUGCGAGCAUCUGGCCGUGCGGAGUGGCAUCAUCUUCGGCGCCGGAGAAGAACCUAUUUACGAGCGCGGAAGAUCGGCCAGCCCACGCGGAUACCUUGGAACAGGAUCAACCGCAGAAAGCCAGUCAGGGUGUCGUAGGAGGGUGUAUUCGCGACUGGGACCGGAUCAUGUUAUUUGAUUUUUGAAAGCUUGGGGGUUUCAGCUCCCAGGCUAAAUGAUCUAUAAUGA